AAGGUGGCCCUGGCAGGGGAGGGGUUUGAUGUGGACCUCGGGGCACCCGGCGAGAAAGGUCUCCUUCAACUUUGUCUUGUGGCUUGCACCCGGGAGGAGGCCACAUGCCGAUUGUGGGGUGUAGAUGUGCCGGGAGUGAUUUCUAAGUAGUUGAGUUGUUGAGAUGAGGGUACGGCGGCUAAUGGUAGGCAGGUUUUGUUUUCGUGGGUGAAUCCGGUGUCAUCAUAUUCCGGUCAUAUGUUGAAAUAUUCUUUGUUUAGGUCUUGAAGUAGAGGAUCUCCCUGUGCACGUCCACACGGUGUUGUUUUUAGAGGAUGUCUCCGGGAGUACGGAUUUCUAGAAUCUGAAAUGUGAUUUUAAGGUCUCGGCAUGUGUGGGCCUCAGCGCUGGCCUUGACAGUGAACUUUGUGACUGUGUUUUUGGACUUAUAAGAUUUUACCCCAUAGCUGGGAUGCCAGUUAUGCGUUUCCUUAAUGGUAGAUAUCAGGAAUGUAGAGUCUUGAGCUGAAGAAGUUAGAGAGGGAAGGGCAUUUAUUUAUUAAUAAUUGAUAGCUGAAUGUCAGAAUCAGAUUCAUUUUGGCUGGUUAAAGGUUUUUGUUUUUGUUUUCCUGCCUUUAUCCUUUAAAGCUGUUUUGCACUCUAGGAAGCCUUUUGGCAGGCACUCUGUGGUGGUUCUUUGGGGCACGGAGCGGGGAGGGGGGGUAUCGUCUUUUAGAGAGAGGUCUUCAGCAUCUUCUGUAGCUUUAUUGAGGGCCUGUUCAGAGGGCUGAAAUUGAGGCUAAGGAGUGGAAGGCUGCUUUUCAGAAAAGUCUGUAUGUUACGUGUUUACAGCUCAUGUUUUCUUACUUUUGGGCAGUAGGAAUAAAUAGGUCAGCGUUCCUAUUGGUUUUUGAAGGUUAGCUGGCUCCCCCCUUUUCAAAGUUUUACCAUCUACUUGGUUUGCAGCCUUGUAGGAAAGCAUUACUGAAUUUUUCCUGGGAAUACUGUUACUCAUUUUAAUUUCGGAGGAGCUGCUUCAGAAACACUGUCCUGUUUACUGGACUCUCUCUAGCACUGUCCAGCAGGAGGCGCUACAACAAGUUAAAGGGACUCUUAAUUUUGAGGGUCUUUCUACCUAUUGAAGCUCUCUAGCUCAGCCAAGGAACAGGAGUAAAGUUCCAGGAAGACUUUGAGGGAUUAGAGAGUUGAAGGAGAGCCAGUUCCCCCAAAAUUGGACUUCUCAGAACCUUUAAUGUGCUAAUGUGCAUUGUGGAUAUCCAUGAUGGGGAUAUGAUAUGCAGCAUUCUUGAAUACUUCUAAUGACAGGGAGCCCACUACCUCAUAAGCUGCAGCAGCAAGAGGAGCUUGUUAUUUUAAACGGAGGCUGAAGACACUGUAGAAUUAGCCGACAUAAGAGAAAGUGGAGAAGGUAGAGGAUGGAGUUGCAGACUCUACAGGAGGCUCUUAAAGUGGAAAUUCAGGUUCACCAGAAACUGGUUGCUCAAAUGAAGCAGGAUCCACAGAAUGCUGACUUAAAGAAACAGCUUCAUGAACUCCAAGCCAAAAUCACAGCUUUGAGUGAGAAACAGAAAAGAGUAGUUGAACAGCUGCGGAAGAACCUGAUAGUCAAGCAAGAGCAGUCGGACAAGUUCCAGAUACAGCCAUUGUCACAGUCUGAAAACAAACUACAAACAGCACAGCAGCAGCCACUACAGCCACUGCAGCAGCAGCAACAGCAGCAGCAGCAGCAGCAGCAGCAGCAGCAACAGCACGCCCAGCAGUCGGCAGCACCGCCCAGUCUGACUGCAUCCCAGAAGACUGUAACUACAGCUUCUAUGAUUACCACAAAGACACUACCUCUCGUCUUGAAAGCAGCAACUGCGACCAUGCCUGCCUCUGUUGUGGGCCAGAGACCUACCAUUGCUAUGGUGACCGCCAUCAACAGUCAGAAGGCUGUGCUCAGCACUGAUGUGCAGAACACACCAGUCAACCUCCAGACGUCUAGUAAGGUCACUGGGCCUGGGGCAGAGGCUGUCCAAAUUGUGGCAAAAAACACAGUCACUCUGCAGGUUCAAGCAACACCCCCUCAGCCCAUCAAAGUACCACAGUUUAUCCCUCCUCCUAGACUCACUCCACGUCCAAACUUUCUUCCACAGGUUCGACCCAAGCCUGUGGCCCAGAAUAACAUUCCUAUCGCUCCAGCGCCUCCUCCCAUGCUUGCAGCUCCUCAGCUUAUCCAGAGGCCUGUCAUGCUGACCAAGUUUACACCCACAACCCUCCCCACCUCCCAGAAUUCCAUCCACCCCGUCCGUGUUGUCAAUGGACAGACUGCAACCAUAGCCAAAACAUUCCCCAUGGCCCAGCUCACCAGCAUUGUGAUAGCUACUCCAGGGACAAGACUCGCUGGACCUCAAACUGUACAGCUUAGCAAACCAAGCCUUGAGAAACAGACAGUUAAAUCCCACACAGAAACAGAGGAGAAACAAGCAGAGAGCCGUACCGUCACCCCGCCUGCUGCACCUAAACCAAAACGAGAGGAGAACCCUCAGAAACUUGCCUUCAUGGUGUCUCUAGGGUUGGUAACACAUGACCAUCUAGAAGAAAUCCAAAGCAAGAGGCAGGAGCGAAAGAGAAGAACAACAGCAAACCCAGUGUACAGUGGGGCCGUCUUUGAGCCAGAGCGUAAGAAGAGCGCAGUCACUUACCUUAACAGCACAAUGCAUCCUGGGACACGGAAGAGAGGUCGUCCUCCAAAAUACAAUGCAGUGCUGGGGUUUGGAGCCCUUACCCCAACAUCCCCCCCAUCCAGUCAUCCCGACUCCCCUGAAAAUGAAAAGACAGAGACCACAUUCACUUUCCCUGCACCUGUGCAGCCUGUGUCCCUGCCCAGCCCCACCUCCACAGACGGUGAUAUCCAUGAGGAUUUUUGCAGCGUUUGCAGGAAGAGCGGCCAGUUGCUGAUGUGUGACACCUGUUCCCGUGUGUAUCACCUGGACUGCUUAGACCCGCCUCUGAAAACAAUACCUAAGGGCAUGUGGAUCUGCCCCAGAUGUCAGGACCAGAUGCUGAAGAAGGAAGAAGCAAUUCCAUGGCCUGGAACCUUAGCCAUCGUUCAUUCCUAUAUUGCCUACAAAGCAGCAAAAGAAGAGGAGAAACAGAAGCUACUUAAGUGGAGUUCAGAUUUAAAACAGGAGCGAGAACAACUAGAGCAGAAGGUGAAAGAGCUCAGCAGUUCUAUAAGUAAAUGUGUGGAAAUGAAGAACACCAUCCUGGCGCGGCAGAAGGAGAUGCGCAGCUCCCUGGACAAGGUGAAACAGCUCAUCCGCCUCAUCCAUGGUAUCGACCUCUCCAAACCUGUAGACUCUGAGGCCACUGUGGGGCCGCUCUCCAAUGGCCCGGACUGCAUGCCACCUGCCAACACCGCCUCCACACCCGCCCCUUCCCCCUCCUCGCAGAGCUGUACAGCAAACUGUAACCAGGGCGAAGAGACUAAAUAACAGCCCUCGAGGAGACGCCACAAUCCCAGUGGCGAGGAGACUCUAGAAAAGCAAAGCCGGAUUUCUUCUGGAAAGUACAGAAUUCUUUUGGUUCUUUGGUUCCAGAGAGAGAGAGAAGAUGCUUGUGCCAGGUGGCACCCGAGUUUGCCAAUUGAUUCUUCUUAUUCUGUGUACAUGCAAAGAUUGGACCAUGUUACAUGAAAUAGUGCCAGCUGGAGGUUCUUUGCCAGC